AUGGGUUCAAUUGUAUUGAAAAGCUUAUCAGUUUUAUUAGGGGUGUUUUUUAUAUUUGUCGGUAUAACUAAGCUGACACCCUUCAUUUCUAAGGAAUUACAUAAAGAUUUGCGAAAAGAAUAUGUAAGAUACGCAAAAGUGUUUCCACUUAGUGAGAUGUUAGACUUCAAGCUACCGUCGAAGUGGUACAGGAGGACCGUUGGGGGGCUUGAGAUACUCUUUGGUCUAGCGUUGGCCGUCAUACCUAAUCAUAAGAUAAAGAAUGCAGCCAACAUCGGGCUGGUGCUGCUAAUGGUGUUGGCGGCCUACUCCCACGUGAUGGUGGGCGAUCCGUUCGACCGCUGCGCGCCCGCUCUAGUCUUCUUCUUCAUGCUCAGUGGCCGCCUUGUUGUCUGGUAUCAAACCAGUCGACGCGAAGAACUAGAGAAAGCCACUACAACGCAAAACGGGAAUGGUCUUAAGAAAGAUUAA